GUGUUGUCAUAUUUUGAUCUAUUUUUUAUGACAAAUACUUUUUAUUGGGUAUAUUAUAUCAGGUACAAAAUACUCUGCAAAAUUGAUGUUUUAACUGUUCGUAGUGAUUGUGUUCUAGGGUUAAAAAAUACCACUUUUAAAUAUGUACAAUAGCUAAUUUGUAACUGGGUUCUAUUUUUCUAAAUCAGACAAUUUAAUCGUUUUUUUUUUUUUUACUUUUGACAGCAGCAUAUACAAGUUCCUUAAAAAAUUAAAAAUACACCCUUUGUCAAAGAAGAUCCCCCUUAUGGAGCAGAUUUACUUGAAUUAAAAAUGCUAAAAAACAUGGAAUUUCUAUCAUUAUGACAAUAAUGCACCUUCAACCUUUUCGCUUUUUAUUAUUGAAUAUAAACACUGGAGUGGAGCCCAAUUUUUAAAAUAAAAAUCAAUGGAAGUAAAUGCAGUUAUAUAUACUUAAAGACUCUGAACAGCAGUAGGACACUGUGGUAGAUGGUACGAAUGUGUGCUAUAUAUUUAAUCUUUAAAUAAAUAUUUUAUCAUAAUUUUGCUCAGUUAUCUGAUAUGCUAUAAUAUGUAAACAUAUGGCAAACUUAAAACAAAUUAACAAAAACAAAUAUUUAUUCAAAUAUUUUGCAAUAAUCUUCAAACCUAAAGAGCCACAAAAGUGGGUUGCAUGUAGCUGUUUGUGUAUCCUUAAGUGGUCACUUUAAAAUUUGUUUCUAAUGCAGAUUGUUCUUCCAUCUGUUUGCAGUUUUUGAAAUAUAUUUGGUUAUAUUGCACAACGAGCAUGCACUGUUUCACCUUUGUUUAGUCUGACAUCUAUGGAAUUUUUCCCAGGGUUGACAUGUUUGGCAUGCUUGCAUUUUUAAUUUGACAUGAUGCAUGAAAUUGGAGUAAAACUUUUUUUUCUCAAUAGGAAUUUUUCCAACAUAAUUUUACAUGUUUCUGUAAUAAUAAUUUUAAAAUGUCAAUAUGUUAUCCUUGGGGGGGCUGCAGUGGUAUUUCACUCAGAUUUUGUGUUUUUUUUUCUUGUGUAACAUUCACAUGUCCUUAAGAAGAGUCUGUAAAGUCAAGACAAAAAAAAUACACAUGGUUCUGUUUAACCAAUGGACCUGACCACCGCGAGGGAGGCGGAACCGGUCCAUUGCUUUCAUCCCACCGGUGGGAUAUUUCACGUCACGGCGUGUAUGAAGGCCAGCUGUGGAGGAAAGAAGAAGAAGAGGAGGAGGAUGAGGAGAGGCGGGGUAUAAAAGAGGGAAAAGGGGAAUUUUAUUACAGUUAAUGAAAGUAUCAGUUCGGUUGUUGGCUGUCGCUGUGCGGUUGCAGUUUUUAACAGUGUUGUUACAUUCCUGUAGCUUUCAGCUGAAGCUUUUUUGUGUUUUUACGCUUCAAAGUGGGUUGUUUUGACUGCGGACCUUCACUGUAACACGGGAGGGGAAAACAGGAGAAUCCUACUGGACCUGAAGACUGUGUUGGAUGAAGUGCAGGUGGAGGUGAAGAAAGAGGAGGAGAAGAGGAGUGAGCUCCAGCUGCAGUACACCCGAGACAGAUGUGCCUGGGAGCUAGAGAAAGCGGAACUUAAAUGCAGGAUUGCACAGUUGGAGGCCAGAGAAGCGUCGAGGUUGAUGAGUGGAGGCCUCCAGUCAGCAGCAGGUCUGGAAGCGGUGGUGUUACGGAGUCCUCGGGAAGUGCACGGCGAAACCUCAACACUCUGCAGAGAAAGGGAGGAACAGCGGAGGAUCCUGGCAGACACACAGUCGGCAGCCAUGGACCUGCGCACCCGUCUGGAGCACAGCGAGAAGGACUGGAUGAAGGAGAAGGCUGAGCUGCUGGAAAGAUUUGAUAUGGAGAGGCAAGAGUGGGAGAGCCAGCUGAGAGACAUGCAGAAGAAAAUAGAAGAGCUGUGUUCUGAGGUCAGAACUAAGCGAGGAGGCGUGGGGCAGAUUGUGAAGAAGCAGGAGGAAGAAAUGCAUCGCCUCAGCAUGCGUUCAACCAGCACCGGCUCCAGUUUACUCAGUGACAACUCCCGCUCUGAUCUGUUCACCAGCAGCACUCAGUCAGAACCCAUCAGAAGUGCACCUUCACCUGGCUUCGGUCCUGACAGGAGUGUUGCAGACAACAAUACUUUAGGCAUCACAGAUGAUCGUCAGUCUCACUGCUUCCAGUCAGACAGGCUCUCUGGAUUACAUCUCAAUGAGCUGAGAAAUAACGACAGUUUAAACCUGGAGCUUCAGGAGCAGCUGAGAUGCAGCGGUCCGUGGCAGCAGGAAUCAGUGUCUGAAAAUAAGGAAGCUGUGGAUACAACUGAGCUGGAUGCUUUUUGCCUUGGAGUUCCUGGUUGUGAGGAAUCACAUGACUCUGAAAGCAGUUCUAAAGGUGUUGAUGAUGGUCUUCAUGGAAAUGCUGCCAGCGGAAGACUGAUUUACCACAGUGACAAGAAGAAGAACACCACCGCACUCAAUGCUGCUUUGAAUGAAAUAGCUCGUGUAAGUGAGGAGCUUUGUAGCUACCAGGAGGAGAUCAGAAAGAAGAGCGGGAAUAAAAGCAACCUCUCUGAACCUGUCUGCACAUCUCAGUUCAGUGGCCUCAACAAUAGCUGUCCACAGGAAGAUGAAACUCCUUAUGACUUCAGUCAGAUCUACAAUGAACUCCGGGCACUAGAGAGGGAAAACUGGCUCACUCUGUCACCAGAAAACACCUGGAAAUCCAGCAGAGGCUUAAGCAAAUCCUGGGGGACCAACAUUGCAGAUCUAGACAGUUAUAGAAAAACCCAAACAAGUCCCGUAGUCCACUCUGAAGUGGAUGUGGCAGCCCCACCAGUCCCACCCCGCUCUUCUUCCUGGAAUCUAACCACUGUCGAUUCAGAUUUGGAACUCUAUAUCCCAGAAUCCCCACAGGCCACAUUACAGAGGUGCCACAGCCCCUGUGUUCUGAUCGACAGAAAGUGUAGCAGCCCGUCUGUUGUCAGGAAGUUUGAGGCUAUGUUGCAAGAAAACGAGGGCAAAGUUUUCAAAGAUGGCGUGGUUGUCUCUUGCUCUGUCCCUGGUAACACCAAUUGUAACGUUGGUUGUUGCCACAACCGCUGGUCCUGUGACCCAAGCAAGUUCACGCGCAGUAACUUAUCUACGUACGAUUCGGUUCAGAAGAGCUUCUCUGAAGUCAACAUACUGAGUGCAGGUAAAGGUUUUCUUCCAGACUGCAGCUCGAGUGAUGCAAAGCUACAGAUGCCUCCAACCGUCCGAGAGUUACCUGUAGAUUUGCUCUUGACCUCUCUGCAAAUGCCUCCUGUCCACCCCGACCUUCAUGGCUCCAGAAGAAACAUAAUGUUGGAGAAAAAAACAGCGGAGUUCAACCGAACCUUGUUUCAGGCUGAGAUGGGUCAUGGAGCAGAUGAUAGUGACAGUGUGGUUGUCACAGACAUCAGCUCUCUGGCUUGCCAACAAUCCCCUACUAUAUCUGAUGGUGUUUUACAUCCAAAAGAACCAAAUGGUACAUAUGAGAACUCAAUCAUCGCAGAAGCAAACUCUAAAGAGUCCUUACCUACACCCAAAUUGGAGUCCAACAUACAAAGACCAGAAUUGCAGCCAAGAAGAGAGAUUUUUACCGCUGAAGUCCAAGAAGCAAGCAUAGAACCAGAACGUGUCCUCUCAACCAAACAGGAAGUUGGAAUGAGUGACAUCCCAGCAACCCCAAAGAGUCCUGCUCACGAGGUCAUACACAAAGCUCGAACGUCAAGCAGUCCUUCCAGGAAGUCACAACACAGAGCAGGAAAGGAGGAACUUUUCUCUGAGCCAUUAGUGCCUGUAAAUAAGCAGCCAGAACAUCUGUUGGAGGAGGCCAAGAAAGAAGAUCCCAACCAAGACAAGCCUCAGUCCAUCAGAACUGCCGACUCACACCAGCAGUCACCUGCUAAAAACAAACAAAAACACAAAACACAGCAAAGACACUUGUGUCGUCCUCCUUACCAGUCGGACUCCAUCAGGUUGGUACCCAGAAUGAUGAGCGACCACCCCUGGAAGCCCCUGACUCUCGCUGCAUACCCACGACCAGAGGGUUCCCGGUCAAACUACGGGGCUGUGGAGAGGAUUCUGAAAAACUAUGAGACUGCAGCUCGGGCCCAGCAGAAUGAGAGCCACCAAAGUGAAAUAGGCCCUAACUUCAGCCUUAGACAGGAGGAGAUCGUCUCAGAUCAGGACUUGCCGGAUCCUCCACCUUCACCUCCUGCUGGGAGACACCUGCAGACACAGCUCAGCAUUCACAGCGCCACAGCGCUGAAGGAGCUCACAGUGAGGGAAGAUAAAGAGAGUUCUCAAUCUUCCCAGAAGAACUUUUCAAGGCCCGCCUGCCCAGCCAACCGACGGCUUCCUUCACGAUGGGCCAUCCGCCUCCCUACUUCAUCCUCCUCCUCUACCACCCCAGCGGCGCCUCCAGCUUUUCCCCUCCAGAAGAAUACUUCCUCUUUUACUUAUUCUCAUGCUUUUCACAUAGAUGCCGUCAUCAUUCGACCUUCAUGUCAUUGAUUCGUUUUUUUUUAGUUUUGUGGUGCAUACAAGAUACAGACUGAUACUGCUACAGACUCAGAAGUGCUUUAGUUUUCCAACUCGUCCACAGUUUUUGUUAUUCUGUGGAGCCUAGCUGAUAAAGGAAAGCAAGUUCAUUUAUUCAACACCAAUAUUUCAUGCUAUCAUCUUGAACAUCCUGUACUCAGGUCUGGAUUCUAGCUUUUAAAAUUGUAAUCUUGCUGAUAUACCAACUAUAUCCAGUUUUAUAGAUUGUAUUUUCACCUUUAGCAAAACUCUAUCAGGUGAUAAUGGUCAUUUUCUGCAUUAACAUUGGUAGGAUUUCAUUUUUUUAAAGAUUUUCUUUUUAUAUAUUUCAUGUAGAAUAAGCAAAAUCAUGUUAAACUCAUUACAGUGAAGCAUUUCCACCCAAAUGACUUGAUGUGCUGAAUAAAGCUUUGUUUAUUGCUUUAUUGCCUUGACUUUAAGAUACUUUGCUUAUGACUCAUGUUUGGCUUUGAAAAUAAUCACUUUUAUUUUGAAGAUAUCUCUUUUGUGUCAACCGAGGGAUUAAAUGUGUUUUUUUACUGCA